UGCCAAAUAUUAGUCUUGAACAAAAGUAAUAUCAGUUACGGAUCAAAGUGAAUAUACUGAUACAUUUUUCAAAGAGUGAAUUAAGUAGUUAUACUGCCUGUUCCGCUUAUUUGGUGCAGGAACGUACCCGGUAGCGCGCUAGCGCGCUGUGCGCGCAUCCAUUUCACCCAUUCCAUCUUCCAUUGUCAGGUGUGAAAGUGUACCGACGAUACCGUUGUUUAAUCUGACAUUAGUAAUUGCAUUAUCAAUUAGUUGUGCAACUAUUUAUCGCACCCAUAUUAUUGACGGUUUACGGGAAAAUCAUGGGAACAUUCCACUGUGUUUAUCGUCUGCUUGUGUCUGCUAUGUGACGCGGAUUGUGUGCUGAAGGUGUGCGGCAAAUUCAUCGGGGUCCUCCUGGUCCAAGCUCGCGGACCUUAACCAGCGUAAAGACGUUGACUUAUUCCCUCCAAAAGUUUAUUUGCGGAGCUUCAUCAUGCCUUUGCUGGACAAAAAGCCCUUCGAGAGGAAGAAGCCUCCACCAGAUUUGCACAGCUCUGACGAAGUAUUCUACUGUCCGCUUACUAAGGAAAUAUUUCGAGAUUACGAGGAGUAUUGCGAGAGAAUUAUAUUAUGCAAUUCCCUUGUAUGGCAAUGUUCAUUAACUGGACGUCCCCAACUAACUUUUGAAGAAGCAUUAAAAUCAGAGCAAAAUGCUAAGCAAAAUCUCAAAGAUUUUCCUAUGGAGCUCAAGGUACCAGUUCUUUACCUAGCUUCUAAGACCCAUCGCACAGGCAUACUUGAUCUGGUUGAAGACAUUUACAUCUAUGUCAGAGACCGCUACUUUGUUGGAGAAACAGUAGAAGUUUGUCUGACAGAAGGAGGCCCUUGGACGGAUGCCUAUGUUGUUCAUGUCACCGAGCCAACAGCUGAACAAUUAGCUAACCAAGACCCAAAUAAACCUAGUGAAGUAAAGGAUCCUCAACGACAAUUUCAACCUCCACCCUCUCUGUUUCGUUAUGAGGUUGAACUAUCAGACAGAACUGCUGAGGAUAUCAGUGAGAUGCACACAUUGCCAGCAUCUCAAGUGCGGCGAAGACCACGCAUGUAUUCUCGAGACCGCAAUAGGCUCUUUCUCAAACAGUUUUUGGAGAUGGACAAAGAUGGCAUCUUGAGAAUAAAGGAAAGUGAAUUAAACAAAUACAAAAUUCAUCAGUAUAAGUUUGAUCAGAUCUUUGCUGGCAAAGACCCUGUGUUUCCAUCAUCAAGCAGAGCUGUCAAAAGACAGCUGCAGCAACAAUUACUGUUAACAAAAAGUCCCAAACGAAAGUACACUAAGCGGGCAAAACCUGAUACUGGUACUCCUCCUCAAGGUAAAAAGUCCAGACAAGAAACAAUGCAAAAAUAUAUAACUAUGACGAAGAAAUCGCCCAAUGGUACAUCAAAUGGUGAAAAACGCGGAUCGCUUUCACCUCAAAAGACAGCUGCUCAGAAACUUAAAGACAAAUAUGGCAAGGCUGCCUUGACAGGUAAAGUAAGAAAAAGACGAAAGUUUGAGAAUCCUCAAGAACGGGAACAACUGAAAAUUAAAGCUAUUGAGGACAAAAAGAAAAGACGUGAAGAAUUGUUGAAAGCUCGAGCUGCUAACCGUGAAAAGAAACUGGAGUUGGCUAAAUUUAUUCGUGAAUGGAAUAGGCAAAGGGAAGACCUGGAAUGUGAAGACCUGAAAAUUCUACCAGAACCUACACCUGUGCACACCAAAAUACCUAACAGAUAUUUUGGAGACAUGUUGAUGGUAAUGGAAUUCCUCCAUUCAUUCUCUGAGACCUUAAAAGUAAAAGAUUUCUUCCCCAAUGGUGUGCCUUUGGAGCUUCUAGAGAGAGCUUUAGUUGAGCCAGAGGUCACAGGACCACUGAACGAUUUGCUGCAACUGCUGUUAUCUGCACUGUUUGAAAUGCAAGAGGAUGAGGCAGAUGCUUUGGAGGAUGCUAAUCCUGCUGAUCUAACAGAACCUGUUGCUGGGAACCUGGAUGAAGGUGACAUUGCCACAACUGAAGCCUUAAGGAUAGCUUCAGCAGCAUCUGCCUGGAGUCAAACUUUUCAAGGAAAACCUCUUAGCAAAGUAGAACUGGACUCUGUAGUACUUACAGAGGUUCUGAGACUACAUCUCCUUCAGUCUGGCAACCGUGCAGGCGAUAUCAGCUCCGAGUGGAGAUACCGAGAGCGAGGUGGCUAUACAACUAGGGAUGACCCUGGAUUGGUGUGGAAAAUGGAGAAUAUGAAUAUUCUGAAGUCUCUGAGUACUACAAGUAUUUAUGAGCUUCCUGCAGAGGACAAACUUUCAAUUUUGACUUGCCUAAUAAACCAAAUUAUGACAUAUGUUGCAAUGAGAGAUGUUAUUGAAGAACGAAUGGAGAAAACCAAGCAAGUGCGUACUGAGUUGCAUUUUGCUGAUAGAGAGAUAAGCAAGAAAGAGAGAGAAAUGAUUGAACAAGGUCGCAAGAAGAGGAAGAAGCAUAAUGCUACUGAACCAGAGGAGCCUAAAGUUGAGGGUGAGAAUGAAGAAAGUGAGGAAGAAGAAGAAAGUGCAGAACAAAAGGCAGCUCGCCUUGCUCAAGAGAAAAAGAAUAAUAGUGAAAAACAGCGUGAAAUUCAGAAACGGCGAAAUCAACUGAUGGAUGAGAUGAUGGGGCAUACCAACCUUCCUGUAGGUUCUGACAGAGCUCACCGACGGUUUUGGCUGUUUGCCUCUUUGCCUGGGCUCUUUGUUGAACAUGAUGAGAGGUUUGCAGGUUCAUGUCUAAGUAAACCUACUCCUCACAAUUUGGAACUAACAAAAAUGGAAGAUACUCUGUCAUAUGUAUGCAAGUUAUUUGAAGAAGAGCGUAAUGGUGGAAGUGACAAGGAAAAUGAUUUUGAUGCUGAGAGUGUACCAGUCCCUCCAAUGGGAAGCCCUAGCAAAAAGCUGCUAUCUGAGAAAAACCAGAAGGCUGCAGGAAGCCCAAUGAAAUCUCCUUCACAACAAGUUCAGCAAGCAGAUGAUGAGUCCAAAGUGUCUGCCAAUCAUACUGCACUUUUAACCUGCAAUGCUGACCCAAGUACAUGUCCUGUGCAUGCAACCAAAGUUGAGCGCACUACCUGGGCAUUUUAUCUAAGAGAUCAAUUAGAUGACUUAAUUGAGAGACUUAGCACCAGGGGUUAUAGAGAAAGUGAGCUGCGCACAAUGUUGAUACAGGGUAAAGAUCGAGUAAACCAUAGCUUAGAAAAUUGUCCAAUUUCCAAAUUAAACCCAGGUUUAACUGAAAUUGAAGUUGAAGUGAGGAAGUCUCAACGCAAUAAGGAAAGCAACCUCUACAAAGACACACUAUUAGGUCAUGACGCUGGAACUCCUCUGGAGGACAUUCUUGAGUUAACAUUAAGAGAUUUAAUUCUGGAAAUGGAAGAAAAGAUACGGAUUGGUGGAUUAGGGUCACUUAAAGUAAAAAAUAGACAAUCCUGGCGUGAUGCUCUGACAACUCGUAGCUAUAACAAAGAGUGUGACAAACUUGUCUGGCCUGGUGUGAAAGAUGAAUCUGAUGCAUUUAGCACCUCAAUUGUAGACAAAAUUAAAUCCGAGCAUCUCAGUAGACCUGGAACUCCUGACUCCACUGCUAGCAGUAGUCGGGACAGGGACCCAUCGUGUUAUGCAAGGUUGGCAUGGGAAGUAGCAAAUAUGGGUAGUUUUGACAUCAAACCUGCACAUGAUUGUGUCAGAGAUUUGGCUUGUGCAAUUCUGCAAGUAUCACAGGGAAUCGAUGAGCGCUAUCUGAAGAAACCACUUGGUCUUGAUGACAAGGAAAAAUCCAAAGAAAAACAAAAGAAAAACAGCGAGGAAAAAGAAGAGACAGAGAAAGAAAAGGAUGGUUUGACAACUCUUCAAAAGUGGCAGGUUUCACUAAUGGCCUCAACUAGUUUUUCUCAACUUUUCCUUCACCUGUCUACCUUAGAUUCAAGUAUUCAGUGGUCUAAAUCUGCCCUCAAUGCCAAUUGUAGAUUGUGUCGCAGAAGGGGAGACCCAGAUCAAAUGCUUCUGUGUGAUGGAUGUAACAAAGGCCACCACAUGUAUUGCCUUAAACCGAAGCUUCAUAAUGUACCAAAAGGUGAUUGGUUCUGCCCUACUUGUAAGCCAAAGGAGAAAAAAACACCUGCCAAAAAAGCAAGAAAAGUAUUUUAUGACGAUGAUGAGGAUGACAAUUUGGACAACAUCAUGGAGUCAGAUGCCCACGUCGAAGAUAAUAAAGAGCCAUGCAAAUCAUGUGGGAAGGAUGGUUCUGAACUACAGUGUGAGAAAUGUAACAAAUGUUUCCAUUUGUCUUGUGCUGAGCCUCGGAUGAGAAAAGCACCACGAGGGAAGUGGACAUGCGAGAAAUGUAAAAUCAGGACAUCAAAUAGACAUAAAGCAGGUGAAACCUCACCCGGAGAUCGCACCAUUAUCAGUCGCAGGCGAUGUGCGGCAAAAGCGAUAGAUAACAUCUCGCGUUUUGCCAAGCAACUUCGCAGCUCCCAUGGUGAUGGGUUGUUGCGGGGUACAGAUGACGACAAAGUGGAUCCUGGUCAGGAAGUGGAAAGUGAGGAAAAUGAGGACCGACAACUGCACUCCCGCAGGCGAUGUGCCAUGAAGGCUGUCGCCAACAUCUCUAAUUAUGCCAAACAACUGCGGAAUCAAAGUUAUGAUGAAGCAACUAAUGAUGAAUCAUCGGUAUCUCGAAGACGCUCCCGUCGUUCAUUAGAUGUAAACGAUGAUGACUUACCUCUGGAUAAUGCUGCUCUACAAGAGUUGUUGGAGGACAUUAUCCGUCACAAAGAUGCCUGGGCUUUUAUCCGCCCUGUUCAGAAAUCAGAGGUUCCUGACUACCACACAAUCAUCAAGAGGCCAAUGGAUUUUGGAACUAUUAAACACAAAUUAAAUUUAUUGGAAUAUCGGAACACAAGCGAGGUCCUUGCUGAUGCUCUCCUUGUUUUUGAGAACUGUGACAUGUAUAAUCAAGCUGACUCAGAAGUGUACAAAUCUGGUGUUCGCUUGCGUAAACUCUUUGACAAGAAAUGCAGAGAGAAAAAUUUGAGGUUUAGGGAAGAAGACGUGAAAAGCCCUGAAGCAAAGAAGAAAAAGACAAGCCCCUAGUGUCUUAAUUAGUUAAAUUUUCCACAUAGCUCUCUUUUUGUAUCUCAUGUCCUCAUAAGAACAUCUUCAACUCAUUCCAUCAGGAUUGUGGUGUGAUAGAUCAAUUUCGACUGUGUGUGUAUAUAGAUAUUUGUAAUGUGUGUGUAUGUGUGCCUUUGUGUAAAGUUCAUGGCAAUUUGGAAUAUGAAAUACUCAUCACCCCUCUUUUUUUUAAUAUUUAAUUUAGUGUUUACUUAAGAUGCAUUCUUAUUCUUAAAAGGAAAAGUAUGUAUGUAGGCUUGCCCAGUGAGUGUACUUAAACAGAAAAUAAUAGUUUCUCUGGUUUCUGAAGGAAUAUAAGCAAACGUACUCAAUGUAUAUUGCCUUAUUCCACAUGUAUAGUUGCCAAUUGCCCAAAUAUGAUUUUAAAUUAUUAGUAGACUUCCCCGAAGUCCAGUUGGUUGGAUGAUGACUUGACUCCAUCAAUUUCUAUAGUCAGAUUAUAAACUUUGAAAUUUAUAGCCUUUUGGUGUUGCAAUUUUAGUUCUGAAUCUGCUUUCUUUUUGAACGGUGCUUUUUAUCUAAUUUUUGUUACUAACAUUGAACGAAUGAACUGUAUAAAAACCAGUGUUAACCAUUAGUACCUUAAAAUAUUUUAUGAUUAAUUCUAAUUCAUCAUGGAUUUCAGUUCUUUACGAACAGUGUUUGCCUAAUGUACCAGUGUGUAAUAUUGGUCCUAUUUAUUCCUUAUUUUCCUGUAUAUCAAUCUAGGUGAAUAAUUGUAUUAUUUUUGACACUUUUCCUUUCAUUAUUUAAUUUGUAGUUUUAUUGUUGCGAAACAUAACUGUGUUCGCUGUCUCUCAACAAACCAAUUAAAGUACAAAAGAGUCUAAA